CCUCACACACAGCGAGGCACCAGCAUGACAGACACACACAUGGAGGAGCUGGUGGAGCACGCAGGAGCCAUGGCAACCGCGGACUCCGGAGGGGCUCGCUACCACGGCGAUGCCUUGCUGGCCCCAGACACCGACUUCAUGACAGAUGACCGCAGCUCUGCGGCGAGUGGCUUGGACGUGUCAGAGCGCCUGACGUACCUGGAGCAGCGAGUGCAGAUGCAAGAGGACGAGAUCCAGCUGCUGAAGAUGGCGCUGGCCGACGUGCUCAAGAGACUCAACAUCUCAGAGGAGCAGCAGGCCGCUCUGACCGCGCUCAACAAGAAAACACCUGCUAAAGCCACCCGUCCAGCCUCCUUGGCCUUGCCUCCAAGACCCUCCACAGCCUCUAGUGCCGCAGGGCAAGUGAGGAAGAGCAGCAGCACCACGCUGCCCUCUGCUGCCAGCUCCAGGAACUACACGCCCUCCACAACCACUAAGAGAAGCCCAAUUGUAAGUGUAAAGGAUUCUCCAGGAACCCCUAGUAAACCCCGCUCUAGUACAACCACCACUUCAGUCACCUGCAGAAAAAUGCAGGAUAGGAAACCGGGGGCCAGUGUGGCAGGGACUCGCCGGGUCACCCAUUGCAAAGUGACUAUGCAGAUCUAUCUGAGCCGCCUGUCAAAAAGGACUGGGUCAACUGAAGACACCACGCCCACGUCAGUCUCCUCCAAUCACGCGCAGUCUCCUCCUCCCAAGAGCCCUCCCUCCAAAGUGACGGGUGCAUGUGAUAGGACCAAACCGCCGCCGCUGCCACUGCCGCUGGCAUCCUCUCGUCAGCCGCCAGCUGCCUUCGUCUUGCCUCUUCAGAGGUCCUCCUGUCAGAGCGUCACCUCCAUCUCCCCAUUGGACGUCCCUGCUUAUAAGAGCCCCAUCAAGUUGCCCAGCCAAUACUUCCAGAUCUGCUACUGAUGGGAGCACCAGCCCAGCCCACACCACCUCUGAUAGGUACUAGCUCAGCCUGGAACGCAUGACUGGGGGAACAAAAUGUGGACAGUGUGGCGUCAUGCACGUAUGUUAUGAAGAAAUGAAGCCCAAAUCGAGCUGCGAUGUUGGCAAAUUUGGAGCGCAUCAGUAAGUGUUUUUAGGAGCCAGAGCGUGCGUAGUGUAGUAAACUCAAACAAAUUGCCAGGCAGGUCCACCAAGAAUCAGCCAUAUUUGAUUAAAUCUCCAUUUUUCUGCCAUUUUUUAGUUCCUCCCUGUGGCUUCACUUCUUGUCCAUGGUUUUUUUUUUACUGUCAUUGGGACCAUCUCGGUCUGAGAGGAAUGCAGCUCACAUGUGGCCCAGACCACCUCCAGAGUUGCGGGCUGUUCACACCAGGAGCCAUAACUAUAACAAUCAAGGCAAAAAAAUAUGAAAGACAAGGCCUCACACAUAAACUAUAACACUAACGGCAUGAAGAACGAUAUUGUUGAGGAUCACUUUCAGAGUGAUUUUGAGAACGAUAAAAAGCUGACAGCCAAAUUGAAUCCAUCCAUCACAUUUUAGACAUCACAUUCAUCAACAUGAGGAAAGACUUUCCUUAUCGUUUGUCAGUGCCAACAUCGCAGCCCGAUUUGGGCUCAUAUCAUUAUUAUAGUUAUAGUUAUUUUCUAUAGUUAUCGUUCUUGAUUUGAAUGGCCCUCAAUUGCCUCACACACAGGUCGGGGGGGUGGGGGUGGUGACUGCAUGGGUUGGGGACUGGGUAU